ACCUCAUUCGUAGAGACACUCAUACACAUCAGAAAUUAUAAGUAUUUAUCAUUUUUAAAAUGGAGAAAAAUGACACAAUUUUGGUCGAAACCCUAACAAGAGGCAGAAAUUCUGCAAUAAGGCUGCUGAAUUUGCUUCGCCGGAAAGAAAAUGGCGAUGGAUUGGUUUCUGCUGAUGACCUUCUCAAGGAAAUAUUCCGAUCUCUUGUCGAUGGUCUUUCCAUGUUAAAUUUUUCCGGUCCCGGCGAGGAUUAUAGGGUUCAGGCGAGCCCCAGCCAAGUGGGUUUAGCGUGUUCCGUCAAUCAGUCAUCGGAAGUUUUCACCGGCGACAUUGGGAAGAUACCACCGCCGUCUGAGAAUAAAGGCAGAGGUCGUUAUAAGAGAAGAAGGGGCAUAGAUUCAAGGAUAAUAGUUAGUGAUACCAUUGCAGAUGAUUAUGAAUGGAGGAAAUAUGGACAAAAGGAGAUCCUCAACUCUCAAUUUCCAAGAUGCUAUUUUAGAUGCACCCACAAGGAUGGUCAUGGAUGCAAAGCAUUAAAACAGGUUCAAAGGUUGGAAGAAGAGUUGUCAUCCAAGUUCCAAAUCACAUAUUUUGGUCUUCAUACUUGCCCAACCCCACAUGCUGUUUCAGACCAUGGUCCCGGAGUUAUUCUUGAUUUUGAAGGUUUUAGAAAUCGUGAGAAUUUACCAAACAACCCCUCAAUUACUGGAAAAAUCCGCGAAGACUGCUCACGAAAACAAAAUGAUCCGUCUAAUAAGACGGUUUCAUCAGCCGCUUGUCUGGUGUCGAUGGAGAGAUCAACCGAUGAUUUGGAUCRUCGUGACAAAGCGCCAAGGUUUGACCAUCAAGAUUCUUGUCCAACGAAUAUUUYGGAUGGUUGUCUGAACGAUGAUUUUUUAGGUGAUAUUUCGACUGAUGAUAUGUUGUCGAUGAUAGAAUCAUACUGGGGUGGAAACAAUCGAACUUAACGUAAAUGGUAGAAAGCAAAGAUCAUAGCGUAGAGAUCUUUUUGAAUUUG